AUUAAGGAGCCGGCUGAGAGGCAGAAGUUUUUUCAAGAACUCAGCGACAAUCUGGAUACUUUCCCUGAGGAUUUCUGUCGUCACAAGGUCCUUCCUCAAUUGCUGAUGGCCUUUGAGUUUGGUAGUGCGGGCGCCAUAAUCCUUACCCCGCUCUUUAAGGUGGGGAAAUUUCUGAACAGCCAAGAAUACCAGCAAAAAAUCAUCCCUGUGAUUGUGAAGAUGUUCUCUUCCCCAGAUCGGGCCAUGAGGAUCCGUUUGCUACAACAGAUGGAGCACUUCAUUCAGUACUUGAACGAGCCCACGGUCAACACCCAGAUCUUCCCCCAUGUGGUCCAUGGUUUCCUGGACACCAACCCAGCCAUUCGGGAGCAGACGGUGAAGUCCAUGCUGCUCUUGGCGCCCAAGCUGAACGAGGCCAACCUCAAUGUGGAACUCAUGAAGCACUUCGCUCGUCUCCAGGCCCGCGACGACCAGGGCCCCAUUCGCUGCAACACCACCGUGUGCCUGGGCAAGAUUGGGCCAUACCUCAGUGCCAGCACGAGGCAAAGCGUGCUGAUCUCGGCCUUCAGCCGGGCCACCAAAGACCCCUUUGCCCCCUCGCGGGCGGCCGGGGUCCUGGGCUUCGCCGCCACCCACAACUUCUUCUCCAUGAAAGAGUGCGCCUUCAAAAUCCUGCCGGUGCUGUGCACCUUGACGGUGGACUCCGAAAAAACUGUCCGGGACCAGGCCUUCAAAGCCAUCCGCAGCUUCAUGACUAAACUGGAGACCGUGUCCGAAGAUCCUGACCAGCUCUCAGAACUCGAAAAAGAUGUCCAGGCUGCGUCCAUCAGUCCCGGGGUGGGCUCAGCAGCCAGUUGGGCCGGCUGGGCUGUGACGGGGGUCUCGUCGCUGACGUCGAAGCUGAUCCGGACGAACGCCGGGGCCACGCCGGGGGCAGAGCAGGCGGCCGAGGACGCCCCCGUCAAGAAGCCGACGGAGCCCCCCAAACCAGCAAGAAACGGAGCAGGCGAAGGGGCAGCCCAGCCCAGACGACUGGAACAGCCCCGGCUGGUCAGAACCAGCCCAGACCUUCGGCAGUCGGACGGUUACGACCACAGCCUCCGACAGGCAGGACUCCGACUGGAGCAGCUCUGCCUGGGAUCUGGAGCCGUCCUGGAGCCCCAAAAAGGGAGCAGCUACCCCCACGGACCCUCCCCCCGCCAGCCUCGGCACCAAAGCCCCUGCAGCCCACCAGGACUUCAAACCGGCGAGCGAUUAUAACUGGGGGAGUGCGGGCUCCGGGGACAAAUCCGACCCGUUUUCCUGUCUGGUUGGGAAGCCGACACCAGAGAGGCAG